AUGAGCCAAGAAGAAAAUAACGAGAAGUUAAGCCAUGCAGCCGAGAAAAAAGAAAGUAAAGACUCCAAGAAUAAUAGAGUCCCCAAGUACGAAAGUGAGUCUUUUUUUGAUGACUCUGAAAAUGUGGCCUAUUCAAGCCAAUAUAGAAUUGCUGGGGAGUACAGGCCUGUAAGGCAGGUGAUAAUAAUAGAAAGACAGCCCACUCUUGGAGAUGUUUUACAGAAAAUGGCAGUAAUAGCCGUGUAUGCACUUGUCAUCCAAACAUUCUUUGCUGUCUGGAAGGGGAUCAACAAGAAGAGCCAUGAUUUCUGUGUUUUUUUCAUCCUUCUGUUGUUUCCCCCUGGUUUUUUUCUUUACAUUCAGUCCUACUUUCUUCCCCUCUGCUGGCUAGGAUUCUCCGGCUUUAUACUUUUCAACACGGUUAGAGUAUUGAAGGGAUCUCUUGGAAAAGAUGUGAUGAGGGACAUUUACGGCGUGUUUAAAACGUUGUUCAUCAUUUCAAAUUUAGGAAUCCUUCUGGGGCAAUCCCUUACCUUCAUAUUUUUCUAUCUGAACCCGAAGAACCUUGGAUAUUCUCUUUCCAUUUUGCUGUUCUUCCUGUAUUUCGGGCUUCUAAGCAGAGAGGUUAUUUUCUUUUUAAGCGAGACUGUGGCCAUUUCCACAGGGUUUUAUAGCAAAGAAGGGGUACCUGGAAAAGGAAAUAAUAACUCUCUCUGCAUGAUUUGCACAAAAUCAUUUAAUGGCAGUGAAAAGAUACAUACAUUAGUAUGCACCCAUUCUUUCCAUGAAGACUGCAUUAAGGGAUGGUGCCUCCUUGGAAAAAAACCCUUCUGCCCAUAUUGUAAAAAGAAGGUCGAAAGUUCCUCCUUGCCCCCUGAGCUGUGGCAUAAGGCAGAAGUAUGGUUCUAUCCAUUAAUUAAUACUCUGAGAAGUUUUAUUGUACUUACUCUGGUUCUAACAGCAAUCAUUCUAUAUAAGAUAAAAUACCAGUAA